CCCGCGACCCCACGUGCGGUCGCCGCCAGCCGCUGGCCAUGGGUCUGGCGCCGGCGGUGGCGCGCUACCUUGUCUACUUCCAGUACGUGGGCACAGACUUUAACGGGGUCGCAGCUGUCAGGGGCGUCCAGCGUGCUGUCGGGGUGCAGAACUACCUGGAGGAGGCUGCAAAGCGGCUGAAUUCGGUGGAGCCAGUCAAGUUCACCCUCUCCAGCCGCACGGAUGCAGGGGUCCAUGCACUCAGCAACGCGGCGCACCUGGACGUCCAGCGACGCCAGAACAAGCCGCCCUUUCCCCCCGAGAUUUUGGUCAAGGCCCUCAACACCCACCUAAGGCACCCGGGAAUCAGGGUCCUGCAGGCCUUCCGAGUGCCCAGUGACUUCCACGCCCGCUACGCAGCCACUUCUAGAACGUACAUGUACCGCCUGGUGACAGGCUGUGCCUGCCAUCAUCACCUGCCAGUGUUUGAAAGGAACCUGUGCUGGGCUUUACCAGCAGACCGCCUGGAUGUGGCUGCCAUGCAGGACGCUGCUCAGCACCUCCUCGGGACACAUGACUUCAGGAGCUUCCAGUCAGCUGGCAGCCCAGCUCCAUGCUCGAUUCGCACACUGCGCCACAUCUCAGUGUCCCCUGGCCUGGCCAGUCCCUUUGUCCUCUCUCAGGAGAGCAGGAAACUGCAGUUCUGGACCUUGGAGUUUGAGAGCCAGUCUUUCCUGUACCGACAGGUUCGGAGAAUGACAGCUGUGCUAGUGGCUGUGGGACUAGGGGCUUUGAAACCAGCCCACGUGAAGGAGAUUCUGGACAGCAGAGACCCUUUGGGCAAGCACCAGGCUCGUGUUGCCCCAGCCCAGGGCUUGUUCCUGAAGUCAGUGAUCUACGGAGACCUGGGGCAUCCUAGUAAGAGGGCUGCAGACAGACAAGACCUGAAGGACUGCAACCUGCAACAUCUACAGCUGUCCGGUAACUGACAGCGUUUCAUCUGGGGCACAGGUCCUCAGACGCGCUUCACAGAAGCCCUCAGAAGCAAGCCAGCCCAGGAUUCCCAACUGCGCUGCUGGUACAGCUCCCCAACUUUGCUGAGGCGAUCACCAGCCUCUGGAAAGGGCCUGUAGCACCUCUUUCGCAGUAGGAGCUUGUGAGGCAGACUCCAGACACAGCACAGCCCACAAAGUAAGAUAUGCUUGGCUCAGCCACCUGUGCCCCAACAGCAGGACAGCCACCACAGCGCAAGUCAUGGCUCUGCCUCUCUGCCUGCAGCACACUGAGCCAGCGGGAAACAUCCCAGAUGCUUCUGGGCCUCCGUCACGGCCCGCCAGCCUUGCUUCCCCACUGGCCCUGCUACCUAAAGCCACAGUGACACCAGCCAGAAGGAGAUGGUGCCAACAGCUGGGUCACCAGAUGAUACUUACUCUCCUGGACAUGACAUUCUGCAAGCUACAGAGAUCUGCAGAUGAAGACAGAAUCACAAGGCUUUGUUUGUUUUUUGUAGUACUGGGGGUCAACUCGGAACCUUGAGCUUGCCAGACAAGUGUUUAUACUGCUGAACUAUCUCCCUGACCCCCAGAACCAUAGUUUUGAGCUGACAAGCAGAUCCAGGGGUGGACUGGGGAGAUAGCUCAGUGGAAUAAGUGUUUGCUUGGCAAGUGCAAGGUGCUGAGUUCGAUCCCUGGUACUACCAAAAAAGAAAGAAGUCAAAUGGAAAUAUUUCCAGUACUACAGCUCUUGGGCCCAGGGAGAUAGCUUAGUAGAAUAAGCACUUGCCUGGCAAGCGCGGGGCCCUGAGUUCAAUCCCCAGAACCACAAAAGGGCAGAUCUCACUCAUCUCUUGAGCCCUCAUAAACAAGGACAUGCCCAGACAUUCCCUAGCUCUCCUGCAGUCCAAGGAGGACUAAAAAAUGGGACACUAAUGCAAAAGGACUGUCCUGAGCUUAAGGCCAGCCUAGGUACAUAUUGAGACCCUGUCUCAAAAAACAAAAACAUUGAGGCUGGGGA